ACAUGCUAUCAUAUUUAUCUUCGCUUGGUGUCAGCACUAAACGACGAGCUGACGAUGAAUCAAAGUUGACAGAAAAAGACCUUCUUCUAAACCGUGCUGGUUUGAAGUUGAAUGCGGAAACGUUUUCAAUGACUGUGUGCCCAAAGCAUCGCCACGAUCUAACUGUUGGAUGGCCAGGACGCAGAAAGACGACAUGCAGCCAUCCCUUACAUAAGGGCAUUCRAAGAAAUUUAAAGAACAUCAGGCGUGUCAAUGCACAGACAUCCAGCGAGAUACUUGACAUUCAUGAUAUUGUUUUACCCAUUGGCUCUGUAAUAUGCACAGCAUGUAGGAAAAGUCAUUACAAAGCCACAAGUUCUGCAAGUACAGCAAAGGCAUCUUCAUCUGAAACCCUCCCAGAAGUUGUCAGAGCUUCUACAAGUGGUAUUGACUACCAAGCUGAUACGGAUGCCCCUGAAGAUACUGGUUCUACUACURAUAAUUCAUGCCUAAAGGAGAGUGAGCUUCAAAGCYAAGACAGUGAAGAUUGGUUGUCUUCAGGAUCUCAGUCUUCUAGCCUACCAGAACAAGAAGUUAGCAUAUGGCAAGAUGAGAAAGAGGAGCAGCAAUAUAAACGUAGAAUCCUGAAUGACGCAAUGAAUUGUCUGACUGAUGGUAGCGUGAGUCCCCUACAGUCUACAUUAAAUACAGAAUGGAGCGAUAUAUCAUCCACUCAGCAGAAAUAUUACAUUAGAAAAGCAAAGGAGAUGUUAUCAAGUAUGUUAAAUGUUUUGAGUCCAGGGCAAGAGGAURCCUUGUGGAGCUCCCUCAGACAAGAAACACAGUUACUGUCAGCUGAAAAAGAUCUCAUGAAAAGGUUUGACAUAGAAUCGGACCUUUUUCAAGCACUCGUCCAAGCACACAGUGAGGCACAAACAUGGCAAAGCAAGCGCCAAAUUCUGUCCAUUUUUGCGAAUGAUUUUACUAGAUCUGAACUGCAGACGCUGAUACCAGGCUUAACAAAGUGGCAGAUAGAUCAAGCACGGGAUCACGCAACAAAAUMAGGAAAGGGACAACCUGUAGAAGUUAACACAAUUUUCAGAACAAGAUUGGAUCCCUCAAAAGUUGACCAUUUUCUCGAUUUUGUGUCAAGACCAGAGUUUCUACAGGACGUGGCAUUUGGGACGAAAACUAUGAAGAUGGACUCAGGCAAACAUAUUUCUAUUCCAGCUGUUGUCAGAACAUUGAUACCUACAAGGAUAAUUGAACAAUACCAGUCAUAUUGUAAACAACAGAAUUUUGAGUCUGCUGGGGAGAGAUCGUUAUACCGCAUCUUAGAGGUUUGUAGUGCUUCAAUGCAAAAGUCYCUACAAGGACUAGACAACAUCACUGCAGAGGGUACUGAGGCUAUUGAUAACCUGACCAACAUUGUCCAGACACUGAGUGAUUAUGGAGCAGAUAACGACUGGACAAAAAAAGUACGAAACGAGAUCAAGGAAGUAAAGAGAUAUCUGAAAACGGAUUAUCGGACMCACAUUGGAAGAGAAGAGAAUUGUGGAGAUCAUUGUUCCACAUAUGCACUAAGUGAUCCAGCCARGGAGGAGUACCAAAGUGGAUGUUCGCACGAGCACGACAUUGAAUGUGAUCGAUGUCAAACACUUGAACACAUGCUCAAGGAAAUUGAGAAGAAAAUAAAUUCUACGUCAAUGAAUGAAUGGCAAAAGAAUAACWUGAAGUUUGACUUUACCCAGUGCAAUGACGCCAUCCGUUCUUGGAAAKCCCACUUACUGCGAACCGUACUGCAAGAGGAGGCAAAGCAUGAUGCCAUGAAUMAGCUUGGCGAUGAGACAUGUCUAAUCGUCAUAGACUGGGCAAUGAAGUUUCUCCCACUGAAAUACCGGGAAAGCAUGGCCGAGUUCUUUGGUAAACGUGGACUUAGUUGGCAUGUCAGUGCGGUUGUGACCAAGAGCGAACCAAAGUAUCAAGUGGAAUGUUUCGUUCAUAUAUUCAACAGCUGUGUGCAGAACAACUAUGCAGUAGCAGCUAUUUUAGACCAUCUUUUCAAAACCAUCAAAGAUGAAUACCCUUCAAUCACCAAAGCAUAUCUGCGAUCUGACAAUGCCGGCUGUUAUCACAAUGGUCCUCUUAUACUCUACCUUUCAGACAUAGCUAAUCGCACUGGUGUGUCAGCCAUAAGGUAUGAUUUCUCAGAUCCACAAGCUGGUAAGGACAUCUGUGACCGCAAGACGGCACCGAUGAAAGCGCACAUUCGCCGUUAUGUUAACGAAAAGCAUGAUGUUGUCACAGCAGAACAAAUGAAAACUGCUAUAGAAUCCCAUGGUGGCCUGACUGGAUGCAGAGUUGCCGUUGUUGAAGUUGACAACUCAAAAGAUCUUGAUGACACACAAAGAAAAAUCCCGGGAAUCAGUUUGUUGUACAAUUUCAAGUACGAGGAAGGAGGAGUAAGRAUGUGGAAAGCUUACAAGAUUGGAGACGGUGUACUUUUACCAUCAUCCGAAUUCCAAAGCAAUCGGCAAACCAUCAAUCCCUUGAAGGUAAUCCUACCUUUUGCCCCUCGUCAAAAGGGACCAGGUGUUGUAARUUCAACUCGUGGUACAACUGGUUCAACUCAGAUAUUUGGAUGUAAUGACAACAGCUGCAUACUGACAUUCAAGACUGAAGAAGAAGCUCAAGCACACAUGGAUGCUGGAGACCAUGUCAAAGAGUUGGAGUCCAUGUCUGCAUAUGAURCUAUAAGGAAGAAGUGGGCAGACAGAGUAGUAGGUAUCAGCAACCAGCCACAUAUAAGAGCUCCUGAUUUCACUCCCGAGGAAGGUUCACUUCCCGAAGUAUCCAGGCAGAAAGGCUGGGCUCUGAAAACCACUAAAGAACGCAAGCGUUUUGAAGAAAAUGUCAAGAGUUUCCUCAUUGAAAAAUUCAACGAAGGAGAAAGGACUGGCAACAAACCUGAACCAUCUUCUGUUGCAAGCGAAAUGAAAAGAAAACUCGAUGAAAAUGGCAAGCCUUACUUCAAACCUUCAGAAUGGAAAACGUCCCAACAAAUUAAGAGUUUUUUUUCAAGACACAAUUCGAAGAUGAGGCAAAUGAAAACUGGGACAGUUCUAAUGAACGAGGAUGUAGARGCAUGGGAAGCUGAGGUUGYGCGACAACAUCUUAGAGAUGAAGUCUGCAGUAAUAUCGAGCCACCACAACACCCAAUUGAAGUUGAGCAACUCAAUAUUUGUCUUCUURUUCAUCAGGGCACUCUGUCAAGCCUGAAGUUAGACAAGCURAAAGCUGUAUGUGAGACUCUUUCUUUGAAGAUAGAGGGGUCAAAAGCUAGAAAAAAGCCAUAYGUUGAAGCCCUGGAAGACCUCGUCAGAGAAUGCGGUUGCGAGAGCCAGGAGUAAAAGUGAUUAUUGAAACACGGRAAAAAAUUCAUAGUUUASCAUAAUUUGACAGUAGUUUGAGAGUAAAUCGGGAUUGUUUUUAUUACAGUUUGAUUUAUAUUUCUGACAGUGUAUAAAUCGUCU